GACCAUCACAUCGCAGUCCAGUUAGUUAGGCAACCACCUGUGUCUUUCGGUCACUCUCUGCUAGCAGUUUAGCAAACGAGAAUGGCAGGGAUCGACCGCGUGGGCUCCUUGGUGCUCGUGGUGCUCGCGCUCUCGGCGGCGCCGCUGGCCGUCGUGGCCGGCGACCCCGACAUCCUCACCGACUACAUCGCCCCCCUGGGCGCGAGCCCCGGGAACAUCACCGGCCAGUUCUUCACGUACACCGGCCUGCGCGCCGCGCUGGCCGCGCCGGCGCCGGCGCCGGGGGCGAGCUUCACGGCGACCAAGGCCUCCAUGGCGGAGUUCCCGGCGCUCAACGGGCAGAGCGUGUCCUACGCCUCGCUCUCGUUCCCGGUGGGCUCCGUCAACCCCACGCACACCCACCCGCGCGCCUCCGAGCUGCUGCUCGUCGUCGACGGCGCGCUCUCCGUCGGCUUCGUCGACACCGCCGGGAAGCUCUUCACCCAGGACCUCGCCACCGGCGACAUGUUCGUGUUCCCCAAGGGCACCGUGCACUGGCAGUGCAACAAGGGCACCCAGCCCGCCAGGGCGCUCUCGGCAUUCGGGAGCGCCGCCGCGGGGACCGUGUCCGUGCCCGUCACCGUGUUCGGCACCGGCAUCGACGACACCGUCCUCGCCAAGUCGUUCAAGACCGACGUGGCCACCAUCCAGAAGCUCAAGGCCGCCCUCACCCCACCCAAGCCCUGAUUGCUAUUCUCCGAAUCAUAUUGCCCGCGUGCAUCCUGUCUUGGCAAUCGUGUGUACGUUCUGGCCGUGUCGUCGUCGUUGAAUAACCUGCCAAGUGUAAAAUGGCGGGGUAGUGUGUGAUGAGUGAGAGUCGUGGAUCAUCGGAUAAUGGAUCUGUAAUCGUCGGUGCGAUGUGUGCUAUGUUGAUGAGUUCUAUAAGUU